AUGUCUCUCCUGAGAAGUCUUGUUGCGUUUGCGUUCGCUUUUUUCGUGGCAGUGAGUCCACUGGAGGCAAAAACGCGAAAAUCAUCUCCUCCGCACAUUUUGUUUAUGCUUGUUGAUGAUCUCGGGUGGAGCGACGUUGGAUUUCAUGGAUCAAAAAUCAACACUCCAAUCAUUGACUCGUUGGCCAAAGAAGGGGUUAUACUCGACAAUUAUUAUGUUCAACCGCUUUGUACACCAGCCAGAGGAGCACUUAUGACUGGAAGGUAUCCCAUUCACACAGGUAUAGUUAAUGUGCCGCUCACCUGUUGCUUUAAUAUUUCGCCUAUAGCACUACUACUUUGGCAUUCAGUGACAAUCGCUACAAAAUCCCCCUGGCUUAGAGUAAAACCCCAGUACACCUUCUAUAGUACCCUAACAAGUCUUCUAAAACAAGCUCAAUGAUCUUUUCUGAAAAGACAGUUUAAGAGUCUCUAGAUGUAUCGGCUUUUUUCUUUAGCCGAGGGAAAGGCUAUCAGAAAAAAGAACAAAGAUUGCAGCACAAUAUUGGGAAGCAUGGCCUGGGCGAGGCACUUUUUAAUUUUCAUUUGAUGAUAGUUGUAUAACAUUAGAAAUGUUCGAACAAUCUGCCGAGAAUUCUGAGAUACAGCGAAGAUUAUCAACGCUCGUAAAUAAGAGAGAUAUUGAAUUCUGCCAAGAUGCGUGUGAAAAAAUAAAAGAAAGUUAAUAUUUUAAUUUUUCAAUAAAUGGGUCGUUAUCAUCAGUGGCACCUUUAAAGAGAGAAUAAAGUAAAAGUUUUGUAUAACACAAAGGUUCUUGCCUGAGAGUAUGUUACGAGAGCAUCUUACGAGAGCAUGUUAUGAAAUAUUAUAAAUGCAUGUCACGAGAAAGGUUCAGAAACCAUGCCAGCCACUUAACAACAUCUCAGAACAGAAUUACAUUAGACAUACAUUACAUGAGUGAUGAAUAAUCUUAUGAAUAAAGAGAUGCUGUAGGUUUACAAAUACCUUUCGAUCUAAAAGAUAAGACCUUUGCGUAAGAAGGGGCUUCUAAAUUAGGUUAUAAAACGUUUGUAUAUUAUUAUUCAUAAAAAUAAUACAAAAGUCUCGAGACUGGCCAAAAAAAGGCCUCAGAGAGUAUUUUUUGAUAGACCUCUACAAAGGAUUCAAUAAAUGUACGACAGAAACAAAGUGCUAAGUAAUUCUUCGUGUUUUAUUAAUCUGAAGAAAAAAACCGAUUUCUAACACCCAAAAUAUUGUCACAAUAAAUUUGUCCUAUUAACAAAAUCAUUAGAUUGUAAGUCAACAUGUUAUACCCUUAGUUAGUCCUUUAUGAUAUUACUAAAGUUACUUAUUCUGUCACGGUUAAUUUUUCCUAUCAAAAAAGUUGUUAGAUUAUAUAUACAAGUUAUUUGUGAACGCCUAUGUAAUAGUUUUUACGUCUAACAUGCGACCCACCUAGAAUAGCACUCAAGCUAACUGUGGGCGCAUGAAAAAUUGUAAAUACAAAUCCGAGUAAUGAAAUGUAUGUAUGUAUGAAUGGCCUCUGUUUUACAUUUUACCGGAGUCCCCUAGGGGAAGAGUUGCGAAACAUACCAAGUGACACAUAAAAGGGGCAAGUUUCUAAAGAGGCGCUGCAUCGGUGGGGGGUAUUUGUAGUGAUUAUAACUGGGUUGCCUGUGCAAGCGCAACCCUCAGUAUUGUAGGCGAGCGAAAAAUAAAGAUGGCGGACUGAAACGUGUUCUUGUUUUCUGUCGAUAAUCGACUUGUAUCGACUUGUAUCGAGGACUUGUUUGUAGUGCAAACAUUACAUUGGCAACAAAGAUUGGAAAUCAUCUCUGUAGUGGAAAUCAACUCCCGGCCGAUGGAUAUUAUGGGCUCAAAAUCGGGAAUUCAGUGAGCGAUUGCGUGUUUGGCUGCGAGGAUUCACUUAUCAUGCCGAAGACAAAGCAAAUCUCUAAAAUGCCGCGAGAAAAAAAAACCAAUAACGUUAUCGGGGUGGUUGUGGAGUACAAGACAUCAUUAGGAAUCUGGGAAUCGUUCCUGCUCCUGAGGGCCAAGAAGAUCAUGUUUAUCGAGCAGCCGUUCGAACGCGUAUUUUCAUGUCCAUGCUCCAUGGAAAUUCUGCAUAUGAAAGGCGUGUUCUACGCCAGCUACGCCAAGAACCCGGAGAAGAAGUUGAUCGUUUGUGCUUCGACUAAACAAACAAGGCACUAUGGCUAUGGGCCUGGGGAACGUGAAUUCGCCGUGAGAGAUCUGUCGUUGGAGAAAAUAUCUUCCCUGGAAUUACGGACCAAGCUGUUCGAGGAGCCAAAUAUACAGCUUGCUGCAGCGAUAGAAAAGGGAAGGGCAUGGGAGACGGCAGGGCCUCAUGCAAGAAAAAUUGCAGGUUGAGAGGGGGAAAAGAGCAACGAUUGUGUACAGAUUAACUUGAACAUGGUCAAGGAUCGAGAAAACGAGACGUCAAAUGGAUUUUGUCCUCACAAGUGUUGCGCGGGAGGCAAGGCGGGACAUUUUGCUUGUAAUAAGGUAUAUCCAACUCGUGGUAAGACUUGUGCAAAGUGUGGCGCGAAAGGGCACCGGCAGCUUGUUGUGAAAGUGAAGGUCAGAGUAAAAAGGGUGGUAAAGCAAGUGGAGGUAGACAGAGGUGAUCCGGCGAUAAGCAAGCUAAUCAAGUAGAAUGUGACAGCGGAGACGAGCCUUAUACAUUUCCUAACUGAAACUUCAGUGAAGAUAGAGCUUGUGAAGGUAACGUGGUAAUGAUCAAGAUCGAUGACACAACGACAAGCAAGCUUGUUGAUUCGGGCACUCAGUCGACUGUGCUUGGUGAGAGACAACCUAACAACCUUGUAAGGAAGGGCCUUAAAACAGAGCUGCAGCCAGAGGAACUGGAAGAAUUGAAUGGGAUCGCAGUCUUCUUCGAACUUGACGUAAACAUUGGCUUCCGCCAGAUUGCGCUGGAACAGGGAAAUCACAACCUUUCAGCUGGUGACUCCCUGCAUUGUUACAAGAGGCUGAGCUUUGGUAUUAAUAGCGCUCUAGAAAAAUACCAAGAAAAUUGUCAAGCAGACAAUCUCAGGAUGCCGAGGAGCCAAUAAUAUUGCUGAUGACAUUUUAGAACAAGGAAAGACAACUGCAGAUCACGACAGAAACCUUGAAACGCUGUUAAACCGACUUUAAGAGAGAAAUCGUACCCUCAACAAAGGUAAGUGCAAAAUCGGAAUGAUUUGUAUUCAUGGCGGUUUGUCCUUAAGCAGUUACGGAAAACCCCUCGGAAAACAAAUCCACGUUUAAUCGGCCAAAACAACAUCAACACGGUAACACGGCAAAUAAAAAAACUUCGUAAAAAGUCCUCAAAAAUACGGUUCUCAAACAAAAAAUCUCGCACACGCGAUAAUUGUACGCGUCACUUUGCUUACAAGCUUACAGAUUGAAAAUAUCUCUGAGCUCGCGCGCAACGCUAGUUCGGUUAUUGUCUUCUUAACGGGGUUGCUUCUAAACAAGCAUGGUGUAGAUCUUGUCAGUUUAAGUUCACGGCUCCUACCAGAUAUCGCAACAGCUGUGGAACCAGUCAGGAAGUUAACCCGCUAAGGUACUGAGUGGCAUUGGGGCAAAGAGAAAAAUAAAGCAUUUGAGGCUCUGAAGAACCAAUUAGCUGAAUCAUCAAUGAUGGCUUUCUACGACAGGGAAGCGCACACUGAGGUUGUUACUGUUGCCAUCCCGGUCGGGCUUGGUUCUGUGCUGGUACAAGAAAGGCAAGAGGUGAAGAGAGUAGUUGAUUUUGCAAGCCGAAGUUUAAGUGAUAACGAGGGGCGGUAUGGCCGCUCAGCAAAAGAAGCCAUAGCAGUCGUCCGGGCCUGCGAAAUAUUUCAACUCUACUUAUCAGGGUUAGAGUCAUUGGAACUUAUUUUUAGAGCUACACCAUCAGCUAGGUUUGAAUGAUGGAUUCUCCGUUUGAUGCCCUACAAGCACACUUUACGUCAUGAGGUGUGUCGCUGUUGGAAGACAGGAGACUGGUCUACUGCUCCUAGUCCGUACAGACUGUUGCGUGAUGAAAUAAUUAUGAUUGGAAGAUUGGUGAUGAGAGGUAUGCAGUAUUUUUCUGCAAACUUGCGUAAGCAGAUGCUAGAAUUCGCUCACGAGGGUCACCAAAGGAUCGUGACAGCGAAGGAUGGUCUCCGAAGCAAAGUGUGGUGGCCCAGCAAGAACAGCAUGGUGGAGAGGCGCGGCAAGCAGUGCCAGGGAUGCCUAGCUGUGACCCCUGUUUCCACCACGCCUCCAGUGACGGCAACCACCUUGCCAAGCAAAAGAUGGAGAGACCUUGCGUUUGACCUGAUGGGUCCACUUCCGUUAGGGGAGAGGCUCCUUGUAACUGUGGACUUCUAUAGCCGAUGGAAUUAGGUGGACGUCGUAAGAAACACAACUAGCAGUGCCACUAUUGGAACAAGUUUUUACUGGUGUGCCCGAACCGGCAAACAUUCCUUCAUCAGAACCCGAGAUCGAGCAAAGUUUGGAACCACCCUCACAACCUGCUCGGGUACCAGAACAGAUCAGCGAGCCUCCAAGAUCAGCAUGGGAGAAAACUCAGCCCCGUUUGCUGAAGCUGACUUUUGAUGACUGUUUGCUGAAGGACCAAGUUACAUAGGGAAAUUUUAAUUAAGCAGACUUUUUUAUGACUGUGUUCAAUGUUUUGACCAAGAGACUGCCAGUUGAAAUUAUUGAGGACUAUGUUUAUUUACAUUUGAAUUCGUAUUCCUUUGAUUACAUUGGCAAAAAUAGGGGAGAUGUAAUAAUUGUAACUAGGUUCCUGAGCUGAUAAUAUAAAUUGGCCGCCGUAAAGAGUUUCUAGAGCUGACGUUACGAGCGUUAGCAUUUACAACUACAAAAGAGACCUGUGAGAGAGCCGGCUGCAGAAAGAAAUUAUUUUCGAGCGAAACCGAUGGUGUUCUUUUUUUCACUGAUAAGGAGGAUUGGGUGCGCGCCAUGAUUAACUUAUAUAUAAUAAGGUAAUCUACGAUUUUAUCCAACUCUUUCAGGACUUCAGCAUAAUGUGAUUCGCCCCUCAAAUCCAUUUGGAUUACCAUUAGAUUUUCAGACCUUACCAGGACAGCUAAAGAAAGUUGGUAAGCCACAGCCUUCCAUGAUUCUGGCCCUUUAUUAAAUAAAAAUGAAGGAUUUGUUAAUUCAAACUGAGACUCGUUUCGAAGUGUAACUUUUUAUAAGAAAGAAGCCCUUCACACCAAUGCAUUGAGUCGGAUCAACUUAAAGGGCGCCUUACCCAACACCAAUUUCUCGUUGCUUUCUGUCUAUAAACGUGUCUAUGAUUAUAGCGUUUUGUUUAUAAAUCAUUAUGCGCGAAUAAAUCUUCAAAAUACUUCAAUAGAUGACCUCAAUUUACAAAUGGGGUGUAUUUCAUUCAUUUUUUUUUCUGUCAGGUUACGCGACUCAUUUGGUUGGCAAGUGGCAUCUUGGUUUCUAUAGAUGGCCUUAUGUUCCAACCAACCGUGGUUUUGACUCCGCUUAUGGAUUCUGGGGUGGUGCUGAAGAUCAUUAUAAUCACACAAGUUACAAAGUGGUUGAUUUUCGUAACGGAACCGAGCCUGUUUUAGACCUGAACGGAAAAUAUGCAGCAUUCGAAUAUGUUAAGGUCUAAUGGUUGAUACUUUCUACGUAGUAAGGGUAUAUAGCGUAAUAUUUGUGAGACUUGGGCAAUAGAAUGCGGUCAGUCAAUGCAGAGACCCGGCGUCAUGGAGGACGGUGAGGUUCAUAAUGCCGGAUCUUCUCACGACUCCUGUGACAUAAAUCAACUAUGAGUUUGACUCUCCUAUCAGACGGGGUACGAAUCCAACGCUGGUAACCGCCCAGCAUAGUGUAUCAGACUUGCCACAAAAUUUGCCAAUGCCCAAAUAAAGCUAUACGCUUUUCGUGAUGUCAACAAUUCUCCAACUUCUCUCUCAACCAUUUCCUGAGUACAUAUUUCAUUUAUACUUUUAUCAAAAGAUAUUGGAAUAUCAGGACUUCGCUGAACUGGGUUAUGUCUUUAAUUGACAAUGGCCUGAGUACUUAACGGCUGUUUCUAUUUCAUUAUUUCAUCAGAGGAUAGAAGAGAUUUUGGAUCAACAUGACCCAAAACAGCCCCUGUUCAUGUACAUGGCCUUCCAGAAUGUUCAUAAUCCCGUCCAGGCACCAGACCAGUAUGUGGACAAAUUCUCGUUUAUCAAUCAUAAGAUGCGCCGGGUGCAUGCAGGAAUGGUCGCUGUACUGGACGAAGCUGUUGGCAACAUCACUAACAUGUUUAAAAAGAAAGGGUGAGUUUCGUAUCAGUUUCCUUGAAGGUUUCAUACUUUGAUUCUCUUGUGAGUUUAAGCGGCCAUUAUCCUGGAUUCGUGCCAUCUCACGGUACUGGGAAAGACUCUGAUUGCAUGAAGUUAAUCCCCCAAAGGAACUCUUUGAGUUUGUAUGUGCAGGGUUUACGGCAGCCGUGAUAACUUUGUUGAUUUGAAGGAUAAAUACAAGCGUUUGUGAUCUUCAUUGUUCUCGUCCAGGCUAUGGGAGAACACUUUAACAGUCUUCAGCACUGAUAAUGGUGGAGAACCUACGUAUGGCGGAUAUAACUGGCCUCUAAGAGGAACAAAACAUACCUUAUGGGAGGGAGGAGUGAGAGGUGCUGCUUUUGUCCACGGAAAAAUGUUAGAAAAGACCGGCGUGAAAUGCGAAGGACUUCUACACAUCAGCGACUUCUUUCCUACUCUCAUCAACCUUGCAGGUGUGGUUAUCUAUGACUUCAUUUCCACUUCUCUGAUUAUCCCUCACUUGAAGGUGUGUCUUUUUCCAUUUAUUUUUGAAGAUUGUCUAAGAAAACUAACUGUGUAAAAAGUUAGUCCAUGGAAAUAAGACUCUCGACCCAACAUCUCAUAUGGAACAUAAUUCAGAAAGGCAAGAGUUAUUCAUUAAGUUACAAACGUAACGAGAAAUGGAGUGAAUAUCAUAAUUAAAUAUCUUUCGGAAUAAUGUUUGUUAAAUUUGUUUACUUUAUUCUUUUAGAGAACUGGUCGUAAUAACCUGGAGUUAAUUUAGUAAAUAGUGUUGUGGCCUCAUUUCUUCUUCCCUUUCUCCUCUACUGCUUUGUCUUUCAUGUGUUUGUUUGUGACAACCUUAUAAAUAAUAUUCUUAUCAUUCUGGUUUUACCACAGGUGGUUCGUACGAUGCAAAACAUCCUAUCCCAAUUGAUGGCUUUGAUGUGUGGAGCACUUUGUCACGUGGAGAAGCUUCACCUCGAACAGAAAUCUUGCUUAAUAUCGAUAACCCGCCUUUUAGGACGAGUAAAAUGUUGGGAGUCAGCUGGCAAGGAAUGGCUCUUCGGAAGGGAAGCAUGAAGCUUUUGAUGAAUGCCAGAAAUAUCACCUGGUUUAAACCACCCGAGUUGGGCGGAGUUCCAAUUGGUGUUCUUUUGUCUAAAGGGUUUCUUAAAGAGGAGACAGAUGAAGAGAGUCUGAAGCAAUUAAGGAUCUAUUACAAGGUCAGUACUAUAAUAUUUAAAUCGUUUUUCCCUACCUAGUACCUCGAAAUCACUACCCGAGUUAUGAUAGCAAUACGUCAUCAACCCUCAAAAAUGUUUAUGUAAAUCACUUCGUAUACCGGAACUUCUAAAUCGAAUUAUUUUUGAAAGUUUAGAAACGUCCAGUUCUUUAUAUUGGAAUCUUACAGGCGCAUGCAGACAUUUUGGACGUUGUACUUUAUAACAUCACAGCUGAUCCUGAAGAGCGACACGACCUCAGCAAUGAGUUACCUGAUUUUCUGAAGGAGAUGAAAGAUAGAAUGAAUUAUUACCUAAACACUGCAGUUCCUGCCGCCUUCAAACCUGCUGACCCAAAUGCACUAAAAGAGGCUCGUAAGAAUGGUAUUUGGGGACCGUGGAUGUAGAUCGGAGCUGGCCACAUGAAGCAAGUUGAUAGUAAAAGGAGAGGAAACUGUUUGAUUCAAAUGGAUGUACUACAUCUGUAGAGUAUCAAAGGCAAACGUUGUUUUUUCUUACUGUUUUAUUGAUUCCAAGUCACUGUGUAAAAAGGUGUCUCUAGUUGUAAAAGCCAUUAAUUUGUUUCUUAUGGAGUGUCUUAAAGGAAGAUUAUCGACUGUAUAUGUAAUACUGGUGGGGAAGACUGAAGUGACGCGUUGGAAUAAUUUUUGGCUCGGUAAUUAGAAUCGAAUUUGUACUCUAUGUCAUUGAA